AUGCUAAUGAGGUAAGUGUAUAAAUAUCGGCGUGGACUAAUUUUCGGUCUCUCUCUCAUUCUAACGCUUGCAGGCGGAAGAUCGCACGUGUGUGAAACUAAAAAUAAACGACGAAAAUGACAACUAAACCACCAUACAAAGUCGCUGAUAUCGAACAGGCAGAUUGGGGCAGAAAAUGCAUCGAGAUUGCAGAAAAUGAAAUGCCAGGUCUGAUGCAGCUGAGGAAAAAGUAUGGCCCCUCACAACCCCUAAAGGGAGCUCGUAUCACAGGUUGUCUCCACAUGACCACACAGACUGCUGUUCUUAUAGAAACUCUCACAGCUCUUGGUGCACAGGUCCAGUGGUCUAGUUGUAACAUUUUCUCAACCCAAGACUUUGCAGCAGCAGCCAUAGCUAAAACAGGAGUACCAGUCUACGCAUGGAAGGGGGAAACAGACGAGGAAUAUAUGUGGUGUAUUGAACAGACCCUUGUAUUUCCUGAUGGUCAACCUCUCAACAUGAUCCUGGAUGAUGGUGGAGAUCUUACCAACCUAGUACAUGAAAAAUACCCACAGUACCUUAAAGGUAUCCGAGGAUUGUCAGAGGAGACAACUACAGGUGUACACAAUCUGUAUAAAAUGAUGAAGGACGGAAAAUUAAAGGUCCCUGCCAUCAAUGUCAAUGACUCUGUUACAAAGAGCAAGUUUGACAAUCUGUAUGGAUGCCGUGAAUCCCUUGUUGAUGGUAUUAAACGUGCCACAGAUGUCAUGUUGGCUGGUAAAGUUGCUGUUGUAGCCGGUUACGGAGAUGUCGGUAAAGGGUCUGCACAGGCUCUCCGUGCAUUCGGCGCACGUGUGAUCAUCACAGAAAUCGAUCCAAUCAAUGCCCUGCAAGCUGCUAUGGCAGGUUAUGAAGUAUCAACAAUGGAAGAUGCCAUCUCUAAAGCACGUAUUUUUGUCACUGCCAGCGGUUGCAAAGACAUCAUCAUGGGUGAAAUGUUUGAACAAAUGUUGGAAGAUUCUAUAGUUUGCAAUGUUGGACAUUUUGAUUGUGAAUUAGAUAUAAAAUGGCUCAAUGAGAAUUGUGUGAAAAAAGAACAAAUUAAACCACAGGUUGACAGAUACACAUUAAGGAACGGUCGCCAUAUAAUCGUGUUAGCUGAAGGUCGUCUAGUAAAUUUGGGUUGUGCUCACGGUCACCCUAGCUUUGUGAUGAGUAAUUCCUUCACCAAUCAAGUAUUAGCACAAAUUGAACUUUGGACAAAGGCAGACCAGUAUAAAUUGGAUGUACACAUGUUGCCCAAAAAGUUGGAUGAAGAAGUUGCACUUGCUCAUUUGGAACAUCUUGGAGUUAAACUGACUAAGCUUUCAGACGGCCAGGCUUCGUAUCUCGGUAUCCCGAAGGAAGGACCAUUCAAGGCCGACUUCUACAGAUACUAGACAUUUUUUGCAUUACGCAACUCUUGACUACACAGUGAAAUUGGCACGCAAGAAACACCUUCAUGCCAGUUGAAAGCAGGGUGAUAACUGGGGAAUAUUGUGCACAUUUGCCCUGUAUUAAACUUCUUGUAAAGCACCACAUAUUAUCACCUUGGCUCAAAAGUGCUUCUUUAUAACAAUAUAGUUGUCCACUUUUUGUUCUAAAAUGACAAUAUUAAACUAGUAAAAGGAGUGUUUUGUGUAAUUCAGUAUUUGAGCAUUCUUUUUUCAUUCCAGUAUUCGUAAUAUAGCCAGCCUGAAAUAAUUUUGCUGUUUUAUUUUUGUUCAACUGAAACCAUGGUUACAACAUUUUCUAGUCGGAGAUAUUUUAACAUCACUGGUGCCAGUUUGGUAUCAUGUGCACUUCUAUUUCAAUGAAUUGUAAAAUUUUACAAUGAAAAAAAUUUACUUUUGUUAAAAAGAUUGUUGUUAAGAGAUGAAAUCCAGUGGGAAAAAAUAAAACUUAAAAACCAG